AUGAAUGUAAGACCACCGAACAAUGUGACGAAGAUCGAAGCGAAGACAGGCGUCCAAUGCUAUGUAUACUAUGUUUUUGAUCUCGACGGGCUCAGCUUCAACCCGUCUCUUCUAGGAACUGUCAGCGGUCCAUUUCGGGUCCAGUGGCAAUUGAUCUUUAAGGACUAUCCAGAGUUUAUUGAUCGAUUCAUCUUCGUUAAUACUCCUAGCUAUAUUAGUGUGCUUGGGCGGGCUCUGGCGGCUUUCGUACCGGACAGCACUCAGAAUCGAGUCGUUGUCGCAAGUAGAAACUGCUCACAAGAAAUUUUGGAGCUUGCCGAUCGCGAUUGCCUUCCCGAACGAUAUGGUGGAGAGAUUCCAGAUGAGAAAGUACUGAGGUACGUCGCAGUCGUCUAA